AUGAAGCUUUUUCUCGCGCUUUCAAUUUUCGGGUCUGCAAUGAGCACGAUUGUGAGAAGAAGCGCGGGAGCUGUGAAGAUGAGCUUUUCUGGAGAAGAGAGCAGCUUUGAGCUCGAUAAGAUUCUAGCGGAGAUUACUAACGGAACAGUGGAUGACAUCGAAGAAGAAAUCCGCCGAAACAUGGGAAUGGUCCCCGCGUUUGGCCUCGCUUCGCGGCGAACAAACGAAGUGAUCGAGCGUAAGUUUCGAAAUCUAAAAAUUCUAGUUCUUUGGCUCCAAAGAGAGAAGCUCUUUGGCAGGUAUUGUUACUACGGCUGCCACUGCCUGCCGGAAGGAACGCACAACAUCGCAAGAGGAGGCUAUGGCAAGCCGGUCGAUGAUUUGGACGCGAGUUGCAGGCGCUUCGGACAGUGCUACCAGUGUUUAAUUGACGAGCACAAGGAUGACAAAUUCAACAUCAACGGCGUCACGGAAUGCAAAGGAGAAGAGAUCGGCUACCAAUUCGAGUUGCUGGAAGACGAAUAUGGAAACAAGUCCAUUCAGUGCAUGAACAAGCUUGGCUCCUGUAGAAGAAAUAUCUGCGAGUGCGACAAACAACUGGCUGAGGGACUCUACGAACACGAACUUAGUUGGGACGAAAAAUUUCACUCAAGAAGAAGCGGAUUCGACAGAAAUGACUCUUGCGCUCUUCCUGCUUCGAACCCUGGUGUGCGAUUCGAAGAAUGCUGCGGCUCCAGAACGACUUUUCCAUUCAACGAGCCAAAGAACAACAUGCAGUGCUGCGAAGGCCCCCUUUCCCUGCCAAAUGGCCAAUGCUCUUCCUAA